AUGGAGACCGGUUGGGAUCCUUUUGGUGAUCCUGCCGAUGCUGACAUUGAUCCUCCUGCCAAAAUCAAGAGCGCCGAACGUACCGUAGACGCGAAUGCAGGUGGUGUGGAGAUAUCGCUGUCGGUCGAGACCGUCCACGAUGCUCCUUUGGACCCCUGGAAUGACCUCACCUUUGUUUCGUUGGUGCAAGAGGCAGCCAAAGAAGUUCAGGAACAAACAGAGGCUAAUCUGAGAUUUCUGGCUGAAAAGCAGGCAGAGGAGGAGCAGAGGCAGUUGCAAAAGGAAGCCCGACGUCUGAAGCUCGAGCAGCAAGCGAGGGAGUUGGCAAAGCUCAGCCUUCCGGAGCGCCGGCAGAAGCUCAGAGAGCGAGAGGCCUACACCGAGUUUGCGAUGGAAGCGAUUCAGCAAGCCCCAGCUUUUGUGGCAGCGAAAGCCCAGCGCAAAGCUCGAUCCAGGGAGAUCGAAGGGCCUCCGCAAGAUACCGAGGUGGCUUUGGGAAAGGCUGCAGCAGAGAUUGCUGCAGCUAACAUGGGUGUGAAAAUCAACUUCAAGACCAAGGCGGAGGCUUUGCUUUUUCUUUGCCUUGGCAUUGCGAAGGCCAGCUGCCCAAUGGCCUUGCUGUUCCCGGAUCAGAACUCCAAGAGCUUGAAGAUGCUGAGGGGCUUGCAG